GUGAUUGCCAGGGAUCCAUUUUCAAGACUUUUUUCUGGUUUUGCCAAUAAAUUAUUUGAAGUUAAUCCCAGCUUCUGGUCAACAGUUGGUCGAAUAGUUAUCAGAAAUACAAGAACAAAUGCAAGUAAAAAAAGCUUGUCGUUUGGCCAUGAUGUAAGUUUUCCCGAAUUAGUUAAAUACGUCAUUAUGUCAGAAAGAAGUGGUAGUUAUAGAGACGGACAUUUUAUUCCUAUAUCAGACCACUGCAGACCAUGUCAAAUAAAAUAUGAUAUAGUUGCUAAAAUGGAGACCAUUAAAGAAGACACUAUGUUUGUAUUGAAACGACUAAAUAUGACACAUGUUGAUGAACUGCAUUCUUGUUAA